UAAUGAUGUUCUUAGUGGGCAUAUUAUUAUUAGUUAUACUAGAAAUUUGACAUAAUACAUUUAUUGCAGUGUAUUAGCUCUUCUGCUUAUAGCCAUUAUCUUUACGUUCGGUGCUUAUCGUGAGACUAUUUUAAACUUUAUACAGGAUGUCGCCAUUCAAUUACGUACACGACCUUACAGCUCUAGUAUUUUAUCCUUAUUGAUCUUAAUAACUUCUAUUCCUCCUAUGCUGGGAUUUACUUUUGCUGUUACUCUCACUGGCUUUAUAUAUGGUUUCCCAGGAGGCAUCUUGCCUGCUGUCUCGGGAGCAUUCCUGGGCGCCAUUCUUGCAUUUGUAUUAAUUAGAAAAAGUAAUCUCUUGAAAAUGGUUCGAUUAUCGCCAGCAAAGCAAGUGAAAUACAUGGCAAUGCAAGAAGCUAUAGAACAAGGAGGAUUUAAGAUGAUGAUGCUGAUUCGCCUUAGUCCUAUUCCUUGGCCAAUCACCAACAUGUUACUAUCGAUAAUACCGACAAUCACAACUCAACAAUUUGUUAUUUCAACAUUUCUGUCAUCACUGAAGGUAUCAUUAGAAGUAUGGAUUGGAUCACAAUUAGCUGACUUAUCAAACCCUGAUUUACCUCCGUCUGCUCAUCGAAUUGCAAAGAUCACGAUGGCUUGUAGUGCCUUACUAUUGAUUGGUGUUGCUUGGUGGCUUUAUCGCCUUACAAUGCGAAAAGUAGAAGAAAUGAAAAAGAGAAAAGAUGAAAAAGUAUGACCGCUAGCGACAACCCCCAAUGAUGAUGUUUAUUAAAUAAAUAAAUAAAUAAAUAAAUCAUGGAAGGAUAAUAUUUGGG